AGGAGGGGAGGGGGCCAGGACGGCUGUUUGGCUUAUCAGAGGCUCCUGAGGUUUCCCUGGCUGACUCCAAGGGGUGGCAGACAAUCAGUGCAUUGUCACCAGGGCUGCAUCAUGGAGCAGGGGAGCUGCUGUGCAGAGGACCCCAGGCCUGGGCCUGUCAGGGUGAAGACCAGGCCCUGCCAUGGGGGCUGGAGAGCCCUGGGUCUGCUGCUGCUGCUGCUGCUGCUGGCAUUGGCUGCUACUGGGGCUGUGGCUGGAGGGCUUCUUGGCUUUGCUCACAGCCCUCCCAAGGUGAGCCUCCUCAGGACCUGGGCAGGGGUAGGGGUGCAGAGAGUGGGAAGGGGGAGGAGAGGCGAGCACAACCAGCUUACAGGGGGAGGACAAUGGAGUGGGAGAGGUCAAAAGCCUCAAAGCCGGGCUGGGGAAAGAGGGUUGAGGGCUGCCCCACCCUGCCCAGCUGAGCUGUGGCUUCCCACUCAGCCACUGCUACAGAUGCUCCGUCUGACCAUCCCGAGCCCCAGGGUGUACCAGUUCAACCAAACUGCCCAGGUGGACGUGGCCCGGAAUGUGGCAACCAUCAGGGUAACCCCGGCUCAGAGCAACCGCAGCUGGGCGGUGCUGUUCGAUGGGCAGAGCGGCUGUGUCUGUUACCGCCCUGCGGAGCACCAGGCCUGCUUCCUCCACCUGAUGGAGCCUAGAGAUCGCAAGACCCUGCAGCUUCUGGUGAACACCUCAAGGACCCAGGGGCCUAACAGCCCCAGCCAGGAUACCCACUAUGCCCAGGAGCUGCUGGCAGUGCUUGGGAGCCGUGAGGUGGACCCUGCCCAGGUGGGGGCUUCAGUGCGGCACUUUUGCACAAAGACCCCCAUUUACUGGGCCCGUCGAGCAGAGGGUGAGUCGGGGCGGCUAUGGGGAGAGGCCUGGGCUCCCAUGGACAGUUUGGAAUGGGGUUCACAGAGGUCCCUCCCGCCAGGGCCCCGGAGGCAGCGGCUGAUCUACCUAUGCAUCGACAUCUGCUUCCCGAGCAACAUCUGCGUGUCAGUCUGUUUUUAUUACCUCCCAGACUGA